UCAUGAUCGUCAUGUGCUGGCUCAUGUCUUGCACGUUGUACCCAUUGCUAUGUGUACAAAAAAAGGUAAAAAAUUUGUUAAUGAAACGGUACACAUGUAUUUUUCCUAAUUGAACAUUGCAAAUCAAUGAAACAACGAUUAUUUGCGUGACAUGUUUCAUUGUGAAACAUUCAUUUAGCAUCUUUUUUCCAGAUUUUUUUUUGCAAGUUGUAGGGCUCUUUUAACACUCACUGCAAGAUGAUAACUUGAUAACUUAAAUUUGGUGAAGUUAUAGUUUGAUCAAGCGUUGCUCCAUAAAAAAUUGCAAAAAGUGAAAUUAUGAAAUUUUUAUUCGGAAAUUUCAACUGCUAACUGUGAGAAAUUUCAGUAAACGGACAUUCAGAUUGCCUCUAACUGUGAUCAAAAUCUAGUCGCAUUUACAGCGUGAAAAUUCUAAUUUGAAAAUUACUUUGAAUAAAAUAUUAUUCGAAUCGUUGAGCAAAGAUGGAUCUCCUUACGGUCAAGUUAUUAUCCAUGCUUCUAUUGGGUUUGUUAUCGCUGUUUUUCGGUCUCAUUCCUUUGAAAAUCCAGAAGAAGUUGAUGAAAACUAACGAUGCAAAGUCUGCCGAGACUCAACAGAAGCAGAGGCGGAGACGGGACCUGGCUGUCAGUUGUCUCUUGUGCUUCGGCGCUGGGGUUUUGCUGGCCACGGUUUUCCUCCACAUGCUGCCAGAGACUCGGGAAAAUAUUGAGGCAAUAAACGCCAAGAUCGCAAAGAGCAAACAUAGCCAUGAGGCUCUACAUGAUCACGGAGACCACAAUCAUGAGGCCUUACAUGGAGAUCAUAAUCAUGAUCACGAACUUUCGCAUGCGCAUAACGACCACGCGCAUGAAGACCAUGCGCAUAAAGACCAUGUGCAUGAAGACCAUGCGCAUGAAAACAUCACCAUGAAUCACGGUUAUGCGAAUAAUUCUGAGGUACAUCACGCACAUGCGGAUCACGACCACGGAGAUCAUGGACAUGAGGAAGGCAAGCAUGCAACCGAAGGACCGUCGAGGAUAAAAAAUAUGAAAGCCAAUCUAGAGAGUGAGAAGAAAAACAUUCAUGUUCAUAAACGAUCUGUGGAUGCCGCUGGCAUUACACACGAUAAAAGCAAUCCAAUAACCACGGUAGGAAUUGCCGCCACAACAGAAAAUGUUCAUCUUCAUCAUACAGACCACGAUCAUAUCGGUAAUGUCCAUGGUUCUCUUCACGAUUCGCAUGAUCAUGGAGCGCAUCAUCAUGAACAUGAAGACAAUGAAUCGAUCUCAGUGGUUUUUCCUCCAGUAGUUCCAUCUCAAGAACGAGAAGGUUUAAUAGAAUCUGUUACUGAAAACGCCGCCGAAGGUUCUGGUGGAACCGAUCCAAUCCUAAUCAAAAACUUGUUGGAGGUUCAUAAAGAUAAUAAUCGUAGUUUUGCAACAGGCGAAGCGAAUAAAGUUCUACAUGAUGCCCAUGAUCAUGCAGGUCAUCUGCAUCAUGACAACGAUGACACACAUGCUCAUGGCGAAGUAAAUUCGGUUGAUAAACACGGUCACGGUAAUGCCUCACAUGAACUCGAUAAUUCUACGCAUGAUCACAACCACCAUCAUGACAUUAAUUAUGACAAUCAUAGCACUCAUAAUCAUGACCACGACCAUGCGGAUAGCGAAACGCAGUCCAAUCCGGUUUUAAACCAAACCGAUACUUCAAUGAAGACAAAGGCUUCAAGAAAUGAAUUGAAUGACAGGAAUGCUCAAGUUCAUGACCACGCUGGUCACAUUCACGACCACACUGGUCACAUUCACGACCACACUGGUCACAUUCACGACCACGCUGGUCACAUUCACGACCACACUGGUCACAGUCACGAUCACGCUGGUCACACAGUUACUCAUGGUCCCUACGACCGAACUCACACCAAUCUGGAACAUGAUCAAAAUUCUCCCCUCACAAAUGACUCCCCUCACUCUACUGAGGGUGACCAUAAACAUGACAUCGUGCUUAACCUCAACCAGCAAAACUCAAAUGCCGCAAUUCAAAAAUUAAUGGAACCAAUGCCUGCAAAUAAUAGUGAUAAUACGAGCAGCAAUGUUCCAGACAAAGCUCAUGUUCACGAAGAACAUGACCAUGCAGAUGAUGGGCAUUCUUACCCUCUGGCGGAGCUGUUCAUUUGUAUCGGCUUUUUCUUUGUAUACAUCAUCGAGGAAAUUAUUCAUAAGGUGGUAUUCCGCACACAUUCACAUGCUACCUCGAAGAAAGCCUCGAGCGAGGACGACAGCAUGGUGCUCAAGAACAGAUUUUCAGACGCUAACAAACUACCACCUAUAACCAACGGCACCUACAGGAGCCGCUCUCUGAGCAACGUCGCUGAGAACGGUCAAGUAGGAUCAUCAGAUCUGAGCAACGGAGGCAACCUGCCUCCUAAGGAUUCCUGGGCCACGACAGGAGUUGAUAAUCCUUCCUUCAUAGCAGAGAAUGACGGGGAUAUGACGAUGCAGAUGUCCCGUCCCUCCGUGACUCCCUCGACGGCGGGUCACGGGCACUCCCACAUGGUGGACAUGUCAUCCCUCAAGGCGAGGGAUUGGGUCAACAACUUGCGCUCCCUCAUUAUUGUGCUCGCUUUGUCCUUCCAUGCCGUAUUUGAGGGUCUGGCUGUGGGCCUACAGCAGAAUGUGGCCGACGUAUGGUAUCUGUUCUACGCCAUCGCAGCUCACAAAUUCGUUAUCGCUUUUUGUGUUGGACUCGAACUAAUUUCCGGUGGUACGAAGCUCGUCCUGACAGUCGUCUACAUGAUCACCUUUGCAAUGGUCACACCUUUAGGAAUCGCCAUUGGCAUCGUCGUUACAGAAGGAAUAGGUUCACCCAACAGCUUGUCCCAUCUAUGGACCGUGACCGUCUUGCAAGGGAUGGCUGGGGGUACCAUCCUAUAUGUAACUUUCUGCGAGGUUUUAGAACGCGAAAGAAACCGCAAGAACGGCCGGUUUUCGAAACUAGCCGCGCUGAUCGUAGGUUUCGCGACCAUGGCUCUCAUCCAGCUUGUGGGCGGCCAUAAACACACUCAUUAGUUACAUUAAUAAUAUUAUAAUCCAAAUUGUGUUCAAUAAUAUGAUCUACUUAUAAUUUUGCGAUAAUUUUUUGUUUAAAAUAUUAAAAAUUAGCAUGAAGAUUUGGGCACUCGACACGGGGACUUUAAUCCACAGGUCGUUUGAGAGAUAUUUUUUGUGAUAAAUUGCGCAUUGUUAAACAAUGAUUUUGUUAGUAAUAGAAAUUUAUUCAGAUGAUGAUGAUAAGAUUCGUUACCGUUUAAGCAACAAGGAAAACAAAAUUUCUCACGCGAACAAAACUUUCUUAUUGUAGGAUGUGGCAUCCGCUUUUAAGAAGAAAGGACCGUAUAUCCCCAUGCAAGUUGAGAUAACUUGCACAGUUUAUUAGUUUGAGUGUUACCAGCAAAAUGAUAAAGUGCUGUCUUAUAUUAGUAUCACACAAAAUAUCUUAUUUUUAUGAUCUUCUGAAAUAUUCGGUCUUCAAAAGCUUUAGGUGCAGUUUUAGGACAAUCAGUUCAAAUUUUUGCCUGCACUCAACUGUCAUCACUCUUUAAUGGGAAUAUAAUUCCAAGCGUAAGAGUUGAUGUUGUUAAACCUUCUCUAACGCUGUAUCAUCAACGUAACCUUCUCUUAGCUGUAUCAUCAACGUAACCUUCUCUUAGCUGUAUCAUCAACGAGCUUAAUUGCAUAGUUGUUAAUAAAAAAUUAGCUUUGGAACUAGAUUACAGACUUGUUGCUACUGGAUAGUGUUAUUGAAGCAACUGAGUUGGUAUUGAGAGCUUGAUGAAUAUGUGAGAUGAAUUGGCUAAUAUUUUCAUUGUUUUCAGUUGAGACUAGAACGUGAUUUUUGGGCAUGCAAUCUGAGUGAUUUAAAAAAUGACAUAAAAAUUGAAUUAAGUUGAGUUAUCAUUAAAGUUUAAUUUUUUAAAGGAGUAAAAACUUCUUUGAAGAACGCUGAAAACAAGGAGAUUGAAAUCAUUCACCGGUUUUGAUUUCGAUAGUCUUGUUGGCAGGAUAAAAAGGAUCCAGACUUAUGUUGUAGAAUUUAGAUGACUCUUAUAAUUAACACAUAUAAUUAAGAAUAUAUGUUUUUAUAUUUUAUAUAGAUUUUAAAUGUGAGUUUUGACACAGCAAUGAAUUGUCGGUGGAAAUAUUCUUUCCUCCAGGGAAUUUCAAAUUUACAAGUCCCGAUUAAACUAUGCCUGAAAAUUAGGCUUACAUAUAUCAUAUUUCUCCCUAAAAACUACCUAUUUAUAAAAUCAUGUAAUGACACGUGAUUACUUUUUUUGUUUUCGUUGCUCAUUGCGUCAUAAAAUUAUUGUAUCGUCACAACCCGUGAUAAAAAGAGUUGAAUUUUAUUAUAUAUUUAUAUGUACUACUGGCAGCCACAAUUUUGUAAUGUGCCUGAAUGCAACUGGAAGCAUAAUUAUGAUGUUGCCAUGACGACAAAUUUCUUGUUCUAUAUCUGAAGAGCAACAGACUGCAUAAUGCUAAUGAUGACAAUAUGACUAAGCCGUUGCACUUUAUCUAAAAUGCAACUGGAAACGUAAGUUUAGGUAAACAUGACAGCCAAGUAUUUGUACAUUAUAUAAAACGUAAUUUAAUGCAUAAUGUUGAACUUGUAUAUUCCUUCGUUAGAAAAAUCGAUUGCAUCGAAACAUAUCCUUGUGAAGUUUCAAUGCAAGCGAUAUAUUAUAUAUAAUUUAGCCUAAAGCAAUGAAUGGUUCCAACUCUGCUAUGAAUUUCAUAAUAUUUUCAUGACUCAUAUUGUGAAUCAACAUCUACAAUUUUUAAGGUUAAAAAAAUUAAAAUUCUAUUACAAGUUUAUGAAAGUUACGAUGAGUUUAAACGUAAAAUAAUUCAUUUUUUUCAGGCUCCCAUCAUCCGAUGGAAGCGUAUUCAAAACAAAAAGACUUUUAUUAUUCAUUCAAACUCUCCUGAAUCUCAUUUAGUACUUCAUGACAGAUUUAGAACCUUAAAACCUAAUAGGUUUGAGAACGACUUUAGAAAAUUAAUGAACGAUCUUGACGAUCUUCCGUAUUUUUUAUCCAUUUAAUGGAUCACUGUACAUAAUCUUUUCUUGAGGAAAUAUUAAUUAUAAUGAAUAAAGUGCUUAUCCAAGCCGUCCGUCCAUACUUUUGAUAUCACAUUCCAUUAAUUCUAAGAUGUUGAUGUAAAUAUUUUCUUACUUCUUUAAAAAAAUAUUACCGUGAAAUAUA